AUGUCUUCAUCUUCGAUCCUCUCUUCGAAACCCUCUACCUCAUCCUCCAAAUCCACAAACUCCUCUCACCCCGCACUCUUCAACCUUAUCUACGGACGCUUCUACCGCGCCUCAUGUACCACAAAACCACCUGGCAAACCCCCCGAACCAUUGAGGCUAGCCGAUAUCGACCACGAGUCGACAACCAACGAAGCUCGAAUCAGAGUCCUUCAAACCCUCAUGGCGUGCCGCACCGUCAUCUCCACUCUCGAGGCGACCCGCCUCCGCAAAUCUCGCGUCGGCUUCGACAACUGGCUCUCCUUCUGGGAACGAGUGUACCAGCGAGAACUCGCCCGCAAGGUAGCAAGCCCCGUGGUACACGCUUACCGUCUGAUCGACGAGCUCUUCCGUGCCGUUGCACAGGAACUCAAGCGUGCCACGCAGCGGUGCGUGAACUACGUGAUGCAGGCGCAGUCCGCUAUGGAUAUCUCGCGGAGCAUUCGGCUUUUUGACCCGGUUGUCAGGUUGUGGUGUCGACGGAGAAGGAAAAGAGCCCGAGAUAUAUUGGACGAGAUGCGUGAGAGCAUUAAGGAUAUUCCGAUGCACGUUGAUGAUGAUUUCUAUACGGAUGUCAAGCGUGGUGUGUUUGCGUUGAAUGAGCGUUGCGAGUACCAUCCUGGUGAUCCGAUUGCUGAGGAGCGGGAACGGGUGUUUCGUUUGGAAGUGCCCCCGGACAAAGAGCUUCGCAAGCAGGCGCUAUCUCCGCAGUACUAUCGUGACUAUCAGGAAAGGUAUAUGCAAGUUUUUCAUCUUCACUACGAUGAACGGCGUCGGCAAGAACUGGUGGAACAGUUGGAACAGUAUCAUACUUGUACCGACAACGAGGGUUUGAUACAUUGUCCUACGGCAACGGAGCAGGGGAAUGGUGCAGGAUCGUCACAUGGACAUCCAGGAAUCUGA